CAUGGUACAGAUUUACGGGCUUUCAUUGUCUGAUUUCCUGCACUAUCAAGUGUGCUAACAGUAUUAGCUGAUCACUGAAGUCCCAGAAGUGAAAGAGAAACUCUCUUUGUCAGUGCUGAUUCACCUUUCAGCCUCAUAACCAAACUUUUGGCUCUUGGAGAGGGAUCAAGCUGCCUAAAGACUGAAAUGGUGGACUCUCAGUACUACCUCCCAAAUGACAUUGGGAUCUCUGCUCUGGACUGCCGGGAGGCUUUCAGGCUGCUGUCUCCCAAAGAGCAAAUGUAUGCACACUACCUCUCUCGGGCAUCCUGGUACGGUGGCCUGAUCGUGCUGAUCCAGACGUCUCCUGAGUCUGCCAACAUCUACGUACUGCUGCAAAAAAUGUUCCGCGCACAGGCGCCACAGCAGCUGGAGGCACUGGCGACUGCAGCUGGACUGAGCGCAGAGGAGUAUCAGGCCUUCCUUGUAUAUGCUGCUGGGCUUUAUGCAAAUAUGGGAAACUACAAGUCAUUUGGGGACACCAAAUUCAUCCCCAACCUACCAAAGGAGAAGUUCAAGGCUCUGGUGUGGGAGAGUCUGGCCUUUAAACAGAGCCCUGGUGACAUGGAGGCGCUGUGGGGCUCCUGCUGUGAGCCCCUCUACUCCCUAGAAGACAAGCAGAAACAGCUCGGUCUGGGUGAGAAGGGGAUCUCGGCGUACUUCUCAGGGAACUGCUGCUUAGAAGACGCAGAGUUUGCCCAGAAAUUUCUGGACUCCAAGAACCUGAGUGCCUACAACACCCGUCUGUUCAAGACUGAAAUAGAUGGGAAGCGGUGCUAUGAGGUGCGUUUGGCAUCUGCCGAGAAGGACAACUGUGCCGUUGAAGGAAAGAGUGAAGUUUGUUGUGGCAAACAUGAAUUUGAGGAUGCUGUGUUCUCUGUUAAGAGGGGCGAUUAUGCCUUUCUUAUGGAAAAAGUGUGUCAGAACUUGGAAAAAGCCAAGGAUUAUGCAGCCAGUGACAACCAGAAGAGGAUGCUGGAGGAGUAUAUCCGCAGUUUCACCUGUGGCUCAGUGGAAGCCCAUAAAGAAGGGUCCCGUUAUUGGAUCAAAGACAAAGGACCUAUUGUGGAGAGCUACAUUGGUUUUAUUGAGAGCUACAGAGAUCCCUUUGGCUCAAGGGGUGAAUUUGAAGGUUUUGUUGCUGUGGUGAACAAGGCCAUGAGCGCUCGCUUUGCUCAGUUGGUGAGCUCGGCUGAAGUCUUGCUACCAGAGCUGCCUUGGCCUCCAGCCUUUGAGAAGGACCGCUUCCUCAAGCCAGACUUCACCUCUCUGGAUGUACUCACCUUUGCCGGCAGCGGCAUCCCUGCAGGAAUCAACAUUCCAAACUAUGACGACAUCAGACAGACAGAAGGUUUCAAGAAUGUGUCCCUUGGGAAUGUGCUGGCAGUUGCAUAUGCCACACAGAAAGAAAAGCUCACCUUCCUUGAGGAGAGUGACAAAGACCUGUACAUCAAAUGGAAGGGUCCUUCGUUUGAGGUGCAGGUGGGACUCCACGAGCUGCUGGGUCAUGGCAGCGGGAAGCUCUUUGUUCAGGAUGAUAAGGGAAAAUUCAACUUCGAUCAAACUGCUGUUCGUAAUCCAGAAACGGGAGAAUUGAUAUCGAGCUGGUACAAGGGUAAUGAGACAUGGGACAGCAAGUUCUCCACCAUUGCCUCGUCCUAUGAGGAGUGUCGAGCUGAGUGUGUAGGUCUCUACCUGUGUCUCAACAAACAGGUGCUCAGUAUUUUCGGACACGAAGGGGAGGAUGCAGAGGAGAUUGUGCACGUGAACUGGCUGAACAUGGUGCGUGGCGGCCUGCUGGGGCUGGAGUUCUACACGCCAGAGAGCAAGAGCUGGAGACAGGCACACAUGCAGGCCAGGUUUGUGAUUUUGCGGGUUCUGUUGGAGGCUGGAGAGGGGCUGGUUGGUCUGAAGGAGUGUACGGGGGCAGACGGACAGCCAGACGCUGUCAUAACACUCGACCGCAGCAAGAUAUACACAGUGGGCAAGAGUGCCAUCCAGAGGUUCCUCUGUAAACUGCAGGUGCACAAGGCCACAGCUGACGUGGAGGGAGGAAGGGCUUUGUAUGAAGGCUACUCUGCCGUGACCGCUGACGGCACCCACAACUUCCUGCGCCUCAGAGAGACGGUUCUGCUCCGCAAGGAAGCUCGCAAGAUGUUUGUCCAGGCUAACACCUACAUCAAAGAUGACGCUGUGGAGCUGGUUGAGUAUGAAGGCAGCGCUGCAGGGCUCAUCCAGUCCUUCGUCGAACGCUUCUCAGACGAUGCCGAGAAGGUAGAGGCCCAGCUGCUGGAAAUGACCUGCAUGGACUCGUCCUGCUGGUGCUGAGAGGACACAGUGCUGUGGGAAACAUCCUCUCAGACAAGUAUUAGUCCACACUGAGCCACAGCAACUUUCAGAAAUGAACAAAAGGCUGCAGAGUGCACAAGGAAGGGACUGGUAAUGAUUACAAAACCUUUCACAUGUAGGAGGAAGGAAGAACCACACACACAGAUGUAACACCCAGUAUUUCACCUUCCCCACUGAUCAACUUUCUAUUUGAUCUAUUCACUUCUAAACAAAGGCAACUCUGAUUAGAGUUUUAAUUAGAAAUUUCUGUUCCUACUUGGAAUCAGACCGCAACCCACACUUCCCACACAGGCAUGUGGAAGCGCUGACAAGAGUGAACUUGCUGUGUGAGGGUGGAACUUAUGUAAUCGCAACACGUAACACACUUUCUCUACUUACUUUAAAACGGAACCAUACUCUGUGCCACUUUUAGAUCAUAUCUAGUCUAGAGUUCAUCAGCUGAUUCAGUGUUAUAUAGAAUAAAUCUUAGCAUUCGUUCUCAAGAAUAUAAAUUCUUCACUGGUUUAAAGUAAUUUUGGUUUCUCAAAAUAUGUUGUCAGUGUUCAGUGUGGAUGGCGAAAACCAACAGCCCCUACCAAAUAAAACCAAUUCUUUCUGAA